AUGAGUGCUCAAAAGUUAACCGAACCCCCCAUGUGGUUCGGGAAGGCCAAGAGUGCCCAAAAGUUAACCGAACCCCCUACGUGGUUCGGGAAGGCCAAGAGGGCCCAAAAGUUAACCAAACCCCUUACGUGGUUCGGGUCGGCCAAAAAGUGCCAGAAAUAUAAACCAAGCUCCAUUCAAGGUUUGGGAAGGCCAUUAAAGCCCAAAAGUCGGUCAUAUGCCGCAACAAUUCCGAAAAGAAUGAUUUUGAAUUCUAAAUGGGGACGGCAGCCUCGAUCACCUCGGAACUACCCCGAUGGUUAUGAGGGCCUCGCUAUCGCCCGCCUCGGCCGCUGCCUCCAACACGCUUGCUUCAACCACAACUUGGUCGGCACUGACCUCGGAACAGAGAAAGCAUCUAAAGCUGAACUUUUUCCAGGUUUUGAUCUUUUGCUGGAAGCAGCUCCAAAACUUGAUAGAUGCCCUUUCACUUUUACACCUGUAGAUUUGCGUUUUUCUCUGGGCUGGUUCGCUGGCUGGGAUUCUAAUGGCACAGACUCAUCAACAACAUCAUCAGGGCCAGGAUCUCAGUUAAAUGAGAGCAUGAAACACCUACAUAAUCAAAAGAAACAGGGAUUGAAGCUUGACAUAGAAAGAAAUGCAAAGAUUAGCCACACCUUUUCCAAAGAGAACCUUUUUGCUCUUCUUUCUCUGGCUCUGCAUGGGCGAUUUCGAGAUGUUGGGCUUACAAAUUCCACCACAUUGGACUUAUACUUGAACAGCUCGCCCGUGUCAGCUUCUGUGCUCCCUUCUAAAUCUUCUUCAUCCAUGUCGGCAGACAAGAGUUUUAAACCUGGGGAGAGCCACCUCUUUGUGAAGCCUCUGCCAAAGCUAUGGCAAUUUCGUGAGCUACUUCAUCAUCAUCAGCAUUAG